AAAUUCAACGUCCUCGAUUGCUUCUUCCACAUUUACGGAUCGCCGAUUUUCAUGGUCUAAGUACUUUUGGAAUCUGUUGCAUUGAAAUUUGACGCGAUGAAGCGUUUGUGAUUGAAUUAUAACCAGAAAAACAGGAACAGAUAGAAUCGAUAUAUAUAAAUGGCGACUUUAAGCCCGAGGAAGACGCUUACGAAUUCACCGUCUUCUUCAGGACGACCACCACAGGCGGUGAAGGUUUCUCGCCGGACGUCAAGUGGACGAUUCGUAAGUCUAUCUCGCGACGACGAUUUAGACAUGUCAGGCGACUAUUCCGGUCAAACUGAUUACAUAAACUACACCGUUUUAAUGCCUCCGACGCCUGAUAAUCAGCCAGGAGGAGGAACGGGUUCAGAUUCCAAAUCGGACGGUACUGCUACGACUCGAUUCGGAUCUGAGGCUCGAGGAUUGAUCAGGCGAGUCGGAGAUUCGGAUCCGAAUGGCGGAGGCGGCGAUGGUGAUGCCGCGAAGGAUAGGAGAAUGUCGGUGAUGAAAUCGUCGAACAAUAAAUCGAUGCUGUUGCGAAGCCAAACGUCUGAUUUCGAUCACAACCGCUGGUUGUUCGAAACAAAAGGAAGAUACGGAAUCGGAAAUGCGUACUGGCAGGAUGGAGAACAGGAUCAAGGCUAUGUUUCGGAAGGGAUGAGCAUGGCGGAUUUCAUGGACAAUCCAUGGAGGCCGCUCACGAGGAAAGUUAAAGUCCCGCCAGCUAUUCUGAGCCCCUACAGGCUCUUGGUGUUCAUUCGAAUGGUAGUAUUGGCGUUCUUUCUUGCAUGGCGAAUCCGAAACCCAAACCCUGAUGCAGUGUGGCUAUGGGGAAUGUCUAUUGUUUGUGAGGUGUGGUUUGCUUUCUCAUGGCUUUUGGAUAUUCUUCCAAAGCUCAACCCUAUAAACCGAGCCACCGACCUCGCUGCGCUUCGUGAAAAGUUCGAUAAGCCGACUCCGACCAACCCGUCUGGGCGGUCCGACCUUCCCGGAGUCGACGUGUUUGUGUCCACCGCCGACCCAGAGAAGGAACCACCACUCGUCACGGCUAACACUAUUCUCUCAAUCCUGGCCGUUGAUUACCCCGUGGAAAAGCUGUCGUGCUACAUUUCGGACGAUGGUGGCGCCAUACUUUCGUUUGAAGCCAUGGCGGAGGCUGUUAGGUUUGCGGAGGUAUGGGUACCGUUUUGCCGAAAGCACAACAUAGAACCCAGAAAUCCAGACAGUUACUUCAACAUAAAAACGGAUCCAACCAAGAACAAGAAGCGGCGGGAUUUUGUGAAGGACCGCCGGUGGAUAAAGAGAGAGUACGACGAGUUUAAGGUCAGAAUCAACGGGCUACCGGAAGGCAUUAAAAAGAGGAGUGAUAUGUACAACUCCAGGGAGGAGGCCAAGGAGAAAAAACUGGCUCGAGAUAAGAACGGCGGCGAGACACCGGCCGAGCCGGUCAAGGUCACCAAGGCCACCUGGAUGGCCGACGGCACCCACUGGCCUGGAACUUGGAUUAAUUCAACCGCCGACCACUCCAAGGGCGACCACGCUGGCAUUUUGCAGGUAAUGACAAAGGUACCAGAAAACGACCCAGUUAUGGGAGGUCCGGAUGAGAACAGAUUGGACUUCACAGGAAUUGACAUAAGAAUUCCAAUGUUUGCAUACGUGUCACGUGAGAAACGGCCUGGUUAUGACCACAACAAGAAGGCUGGAGCCAUGAAUGCCAUGGUUCGAGCCUCGGCAGUGCUAUCAAAUGGGCCUUUUAUUCUCAAUUUGGAUUGUGACCAUUAUUUCUACAACUGUCAAGCUAUAAGAGAGGGAAUGUGCUUCAUGAUGGAUCGAGGUGGCGACAGGAUUUGUUACAUUCAAUUCCCUCAGAGAUUUGAAGGCAUCGAUCCCUCUGAUCGUUAUGCCAACCACAACACUGUCUUCUUUGAUGGAAAUAUGAGGGCAUUGGAUGGUCUUCAAGGCCCAGUGUAUGUGGGAACUGGUUGCAUGUUCAGGCGAUAUGCACUGUAUGGCUUCAACCCACCAAGAGCAAACGAGUACACAGGCAUGUUUGGGCAAGUCAAAUCCGCAGCCAGAACUAAUUAUCAACCUCAGUCUGAGGAAGAUGAUUCUGACGCUCACCCUUUGACGGAUCACCCUGAUUUGGACCUCCCUAAGAAGUUUGGAAGCUCUACCAUAUUUACAGACUCCAUCCCUGUAGCUGAGUUCCAAGGCCGCCCUCUCGCCGAUCACGUCUCUGUCAAGAACGGUCGACCCCCUGGUACCCUGCUCAUGCCUCGUCCACCUCUUGAUGCCCAAACUGUAGCUGAAGCAGUUGCUGUUAUCUCAUGUUGGUACGAGGACAAGACCGAAUGGGGUGAAAGAAUUGGGUGGAUUUACGGGUCAGUGACAGAGGAUGUGGUGACUGGUUACCGUAUGCACAAUCGAGGGUGGCGGUCAGUUUAUUGUAUCACCAAGCGCGAUGCCUUUCGGGGCACUGCACCAANAAAAAGCUAUUAG